AUAAUAUGUAUAUAUAUUCGCUACAUGAGCUUGCUACACAGGGACACUCAUCCGUCUCCUGUGAGUCUCUUGUUAAUAAAAAAUCCCCCGGCAAGCAUUUCCCUUCCCAAAAGCACGUCCCUCUCAAAGCCCAGGAAGCCGGUUUGCCUCUUCAAGCUCCCCCAAACUCCCCAAGUCCGCGUCAAACCCAAUUUCAAGCCACAGUCUUUCCCUCCCUCUCUCAUUCAUUCAUAAACGGUUAUGGAUCUUGUCAUUAGGCUCCAAUCUUUCUCUCCUUUAUCUUCAAGCCAUUUCAGAAAACUCAAAACCGUAAACUUUCACCCCAUUUGUUCUUUAUACUAUAAUCCUUCUUCUUCGCCUUUUACUGAGAAACACUCUAUUGAGAGAUACCAAAGGGACGAAUGGCUCUACAACUACAAGAACCAAGUGGAGCAAAUUACAUCUUGCUCCUUUCCACCUGAUUCUGACUCGAUUAGGCAAGAUGACAUAGCACUGCAAUUGCCAGAGCUAAAGAAGCUGCUCCAGGUGCUGAGAGAGAAGAGAGAAAGUGAAGGAUGUGGUGGGGGGAAGUGUGGGCCAGGGGAUGUGUUCUUGGUGGGGACAGGGCCUGGGGACCCUGAACUGUUGACACUCAAGGCUGUGAGAGUGAUUCAGAGUGCUGAUUUGCUCUUGUAUGACCGGUUGGUGUCCAAUGAUGUGCUGAAUUUGGUUGGCCCUGAUGGUAGGCUUCUCUAUGUUGGCAAGACUGCUGGCUACCAUAGUAGAACCCAGGAGGAAAUACAUGAGUUGCUUCUGAGUUUUGCCGAAGCUGGAGCUACUGUUGUGAGACUUAAAGGAGGGGAUCCACUGGUGUUUGGGAGAGGUGGAGAAGAGAUGGAUUUUCUGCGACAGCAAGGGAUUCAAGUGAAAGUAAUUCCAGGUAUUACUGCUGCUUCUGGAAUAGCAGCUGAGCUAGGAAUUCCAUUAACUCAUCGAGGUGUGGCAAAUAGUGUGAGAUUUCUCACUGGGCACUCAAGGAAAGGAGGAGCAGAUCCUUUGUUUGUAGCAGAAAAUGCAGCUGAUAUUGAUUCAACUUUGGUGGUUUAUAUGGGCUUGUCAACCUUCCCCUCCAUUUCCCUAAAGUUAAUUCAUCAUGGUCUGCCCUCUAAUACACCGGCUGUUGCAGUUGAGCGAGGGACCACACUUCAACAACGCACAGUCUUUGCUGAACUUAAGGAUCUAGCUCAGCAAAUUACAUCGGCAGAGUUGGUAUCACCGACUCUGAUCAUCAUUGGAAAAGUUGUUGCGCUCUCACCUUUGUGGCCACUUUCCUUGAAAGAAGUAUCUUGUUUGGUAGAGGCUAAAUAGACAUAUUUGAGGCUCAGGAAUAGCAUUCGUGCUGUCACAAGGAUAAUUUUUGGCAAAUUUGAAAGUUCCAUUUGUGAUUAUGUUAAUCUGUGCGAUGGUGGGCAAUGAGUUAAAAGACUAAGUUGACUGCUACUUCUGGAUGGGGGCACAGCUUGUUUAGAUUUUGUUGCAAUGGUUAGUAUUAAGGUUGAGGAUUGAGGAACAUUGGUUUAUGAGCAGGUUGGCAUGCAAGAUUAUGUUUUAAUUCCUUGAUAGGGUCAAGUUAAGAUCCAUGUGGGAAGCAUGAUGGAGUUUGAAGUUCCCACAGUGAAGGUUCUAGGGGCCAUCAUCUCUUUUGCUUGCAAGCUUUCUCCCUAUUUAGCAUUUUUGGAUUCAACUCAAUGAAGACUAACUGCAAGAUGAUCAUUUUGGUAAUAAGUUAUUCUACCAUGAGCCUGAUUCUGCGAUGCAGAUAAACAUCAAGUUUUGUUUUAGUUCUUUCAAAUGAAUCGGUACUAUUUA